AGGAGCUUUGCUUCUCAUGACACGCGAAGUGUUAACUGGGAUAUUUCUGGUAAAACUGAAAGCAAGAAAAGCGGGGCGACACUUCACAAGGUCUCAGCCCCGGUGGAACUGCGGCCGGGGGUUCGGCAGGGUGGGGUGCGCGCCCCGAGUGACAGAUGGAUGGCCCUUUCUUCUGAGAGAAAGGAGACAUGCCGGCAGACCAACCUCAAACCCCAGAUUGCUUGUGAAGAAAUCAUAGAGGGGAAAACACGCGCACACCAACUAGAGCGGAAGAUUGAAAAGGCAAGAACGGAGCGGACUGGGACUGACUGCCCGCUUCAGCAGCUACUCACCUGAACCAGAGGCAGGAUGUCCCUGAAGUUGCCAAGAAACUGGGACUUCAGCCUGAGAGGGGAGGCUGGGAAAAUAGCUCGCUCACGGAGCAUGAUGACUGGCGAGCAGAUGGCGGCCUCUCACCCAUUGUCCACCCCCAACCCGCUGGAGAGACCCAUCAAGAUGGGCUGGCUGAAGAAGCAGAGGUCCAUCGUGAAGAACUGGCAGCAGAAAUACUUUGUGCUGAGGGCGCGGCAGCUCUACUACUACAAGGACGAAGAGGACCUGAAGCCACAGGGUUGCAUGUAUCUACCAGGAAGUACGAUCAAGGAAAUCGCCACAAACCCAGAAGAAGGGGGGAAGUUUGUCUUUGAAGUCAUCCCAGCCUCAUGGGACCAGAAUCGCACAGGACAGGACUCCUAUGUCCUCAUGGCCAGCUCCCAGGCCGAGAUGGAGGAAUGGGUUAAAUUCCUUAGGAGAGUCGCUGGCGUGCCCUCUGGAGUGGUGUUUGGCCAGCGUUUGGAUGAGACCGUGGCCUAUGAACAGAAAUUUGGCCCCCACCCGGUGCCCAUCCUGGUGGAGAAGUGUGCAGAGUUCAUCCUCCAGCAUGGCCUGAACGAAGAGGGCAUCUUCAGACUACCUGGGCAGGACAACCUCGUGAAGCAGCUGAGAGAUGCUUUUGAUGCUGGGGAGAGGCCCUCCUUUGACAAAGAUACAGAUGUGCACACGGUGGCCUCCCUAUUAAAACUCUACCUCCGAGACCUCCCCGAGCCGGUGGUUCCCUGGAGCCAGUAUGAGGGGUUCCUGCUAUGUGGGCAGCUCAUGAAUGCAGAUGAGGCAAAGGCUCAGCAGGAGUUGGUGAAGCAGCUCUCCAUCCUUCCUCGAGACAACUAUAGCCUCCUGAGCUACAUCUGCAGGUUCCUACAUGAAAUCCAACUGAACUGUAGUGUUAACAAGAUGAGCGUGGAAAAUCUGGCUACUGUGAUUGGUGUGAAUCUCAUCAGGUCCAAGGUGGAAGACCCUGCUGUGAUCAUGAGAGGGACUCCUCAAAUCCAAAGAGUGGUGACCGUGAUGAUCAGAGACCAUGAAGUACUCUUCCCCAAGUCCAAGGAUGCACCCCUAUCACCCCCUGCACAGAGUAAUGACCCUAAGAAACCUCCAGUGGCUCGGAGCUCUGUGGGCUGGGACGCCACUGAAGACCCCGCAAUUUCUAGAUCAGACAGUUUCAGUAACACGACCGGCGACUCAGACACAGCCAGCCCCACUGAACAGCAGCCGAGUGAUGGGUGUCUAGUGGAGAACAGUAAAGCCCCCAGGGAAAAGCCAGAAGAUUGGAAGCUGCAAUCACGGAAAAGGACUCAGACGCUCCCCAACCGGAAAUGCUUCUUAACAUCAGCUUUUCAAGGUGCCAACAGCAGCAAAGUGGAGAUCUUUAAAAACGAGUUCUGGUCAUCUUCUUCAGAACUGAAGGCAGGGGAGGGGCACAGGAGAACGAUGUCUCAGGGUUUGCCCCAAAGUCCUGACUCCCAGCGGUCUUCCACCUACGAUAACAUCCCUGCUGCGACAGGGUCUCCCAGGGACGAAGAAAGCUCACUGUCUUCCCAUGCCUGUGACUACAAGAGAGACACUCCUGCUGGCCCAAACUCUGAAACUGGGCCUGGGAAAAAGAACUCUGGAGAAGAGGAACUCGAAUCUUUGCAGAGGCUGGUCCAGGAGCUGAGGAAGGAAAUAGAAACACAGAAGCAAAUGUAUGAGGAACAGAUUGAAAACCUUGAGAAGGAAAAUUACGAUGUCUGGGCUAAGGUGGUGAGGCUCAGUGAAGACCUGGAGAAGGAGAAGAAGAAGUUUUCAGCCUUGGAAAUUACCCUCCGCAACGUGGAGCGCUCCCGUGAGGAUGUUGAGAAGAGGAACAGGGCCUUGGAGGAAGAGGUCAAGGAAUUUGUCAGAUCCAUGAAGGAGUGCAAGGCUGAUGCUUGAGGGUCCCAGAAGAACCCCAGAGACGGCCUGUGGAGACCCAACACUGCUCCCUUUCUUGGUGCUGCCUGAUGACUGGGAAGCAAAAUUACUCCCUUGGUGGGAGAGGACAUUUGGGGGAAACAUCAUAUUUCCCAGUAAAUAAACCAAUGGAAUUUUCAGGAAGAUGAGGGUGAGCAGGGACAUGUGUGGAUGUCUGUGAUCCCCUGUGGCUGUAUUCAGAAGGAUUGCAUUAUUCCACAGUGGUCUUAGGCUGAGUGAAAUGGAACCUUCCCCUGCUGGAUGACUGUGUGAUACGCAAUGGACACAUUUGAGGCUGGUCACAUUCCUGGACCCAGGUGACAAGCUGGUCCCUACCAAGGCUGGACUGAGGCACUAGCUCUUUGUUUUCUUUGUGGAAUAGCUCACCUAGUCAGAUGGCCUCAGGGUGUGUCUGAGAAACCGGAGCAGAAAGCAGUACUCAGCUUUCAAGAGCAUACCCAUGGCAUGCUGUGUUGCAGGGGGCUGCACCUACUGAAGCCAGAGCCCUAUUCUGCCACCCUGUCCACGAUGCACACUCUCCAGGGGUUGGAAACUCAAAAUUAUUAUUUGACUGAGACUAAAACAAGCAAUAAACUGUAUUUAUGAAAACAAUAUCAAUGCAAAAGUUAUAUUCAAAUAAAGCCAAAAAAAAAAUGCAGGGCUGUUGGUGCUCUAUACAACACCUUUGUGAGUUAGUAAAGGCGCCCCUUCCUCAGGGAGAUGCACCCCUCUCCUGCACACAGCUUGCUGAAAUCCAUGGGCUGGAUUUCAGUCCCUACCUUCCUUGGAGAGUUCCCAUUUGUGUAUGGCGGGCCUGGGAAUAAAGGCCUUCCUUCUGUGAUGUGACUUCCUCAGAGGCCGCUUGGGGGUUUAGAUAACAAUAGUCAUAACAAUAUUUUUUCUGUUUCACUGAAAUGCGAAUGAUUUCACCCUUUAAAGAACCACGAGGCACUAGAGAGUAGCUGGGAGAGCAGAGGGGAUUCCCAGUGGACAAACAACUUUUCCUUCUACAUUAAGUCGGCCUGGCAGAGGCUCCUGGUGAGGUGGGAUGGUGGAGUCUUUAAUGGAUUUUGUCAUUGUUCUGGUUAUGUGGUCUCUGAGCUCUCUCGGCUGUGUAUCCUAUCAGUACAAAAUAUUGGAGCGUGCACCCCCAAGAUAGGUUUAUUUAUGUAUUUAUAAAUUACAUACAGGUACUACUGUCUCGUUAUAUCAUGUAUGUCAUAAAACACACAGGCUAGAAAUUGAAUAAUGAUAAGACAAAAACACAUAUAAACAGAAGUUCCCCAAAGUGCUUUCAGUUUGGGAGGCCACUGGCCUGGUUCCCAGAGGGUAUUACCUGUGCUAAUCUUACACAUAUUGUCCUGUUAAUCUGCUCCCAUAAAUUCACUUGAACUUUUGAAGCCACAUGGCUAAAUGGGUGAUUGGAAAUCUGGUUACCAUGGUGAUAGUUUAGCUAUCCCCAGCACAUGGGUUUCCUGUUAGGCCUUUUUCUCUCUUUGUUUUCUCUUCCUCUCUUUGUUUUUCUUCACUCUGGUUAUUUCUCCCCAGCCUGUGGUCAUAAUGUAUCACCCACAGAGUGAACGAUACAAACGUGGUCAGUGUUUCUCCGUCCUGCUGUUUAGGCUCUGCUCCGCCCACCUACAGCCCCCAAGGACCAGGCCGAGGAUGGCAAGGACAGCACCAGAACAUUCCCUGAGAUGCCUGCUUACAGGAGAUGGGUUAGGGGCUUAUCUGGAACAUUAU